CCCUCCGGCUAAUAGGGGAGCGGCGAGCAGCGAGGGUCUCCCAGAGGCUGCUCCGGGGCGUGUGAACAUCGCGGGCUGCAGCCCAGUCCAACCUGCCGAGCCAAGCAUGCUUCCCAGCCCCUGAGCCUCCCGGGGCCGCCGCUCCUCCCAGACCUCUCGGGCUCUCCAGAUAGACAGCGACCUUUGCUUGUGGCUCCUUGUCACCGCUUGUCUCUCUCCUUGUCGCUGUUGGGGACCAAAACUUUCGGGCAGCUGGAGGCGUGAACCUGACCCUUUGUUUUUUGCAGAGGUUUUGAGCCCCGGAGGAUACAAUGUUCGCUAAACUCUUCCAGCAGUGGAGUUUCGCAGUGUUCCUGCUGAGCUAUUCCGUGCCUUCCUACGGGAGAUCAGUAGAGGGGAUCAGCCGCAGACUCAAACGAGCUGUAUCAGAGCACCAGCUAUUGCAUGACAAGGGCAAGUCAAUCCAAGACUUACGAAGGAGAAUAUUCCUUCAAAACCUGAUCGAGGGCGUCAACACUGCGGAGAUCCGCGCGACCUCGGAGGUGUCGCCGAACCCGAAGCCCGCCACCAACACCAAGAACUACCCCGUCCGCUUUGGCAGUGAGGAUGAGGGCAGAUACCUAACUCAGGAGACAAACAAAUCACAGACCUACAAGGAGCAGCCCCUGAAAGCGUCAGGGAAGAAAAAGAAAGCAAAGCCUGGGAAACGUAAGGAGCAGGAGAAGAAAAAGAGGCGAACCCGCUCAGCUUGGCUAAAUUCCGGCGUGUACGGAGACGCUGUGACCGAGAGCCCAGCCUUGGACAUCUCUGUUACUACACAGAAUCACACUUUAAGGAGGCGCUGACAUUUUCAGCAAGAGAAAUUUGGAAGACAUAUUGCAGUAUUCUGUAAUAGUGAACAUAUGGGAAGUAUUAAAAUAUUUAUUACCUGUAAAUAUUGUAAAUGCUCAGAAUAAAACCUUUUCCCCCCAUUGCUCUCUGAAACUGCACAUUUGGUUAUUGUGAAUUUUCCUUUUUUUUUUUUUUUUUUGGCUAAGGCUAAGACAAUUAUUAUUGUCACAUUUACCAUAAUUUAUUUUGUUGACUGGUGUAUUUAUUUUGUGAACGUAUCUUGGUGCUGCUGACUUUCUAUAUUUUUUGUAACAUAAUGCACUUUAGAUAUACAUAUUGAGUACAUUGAUAACUGACAUAAAAUGUCCCUGUUUUGUGGUUGAUUUCAAUGAAUGCCUACAUACAAUUGUUCAAACUGAUUUUCCUUUGUGCAUGUAUAAUAGCAGUAUUUUAAAAUUUGUAAAGAAUGUCUAAUAAAAUAUAAUCUAAUUAAAUC